AUGCGCUUAGGCUGUUUUAAUUUCGAUAAAUACCGGUGCAAACAAAGUCUAACGGAUUUUGUUCUUGAAUUGGAUCAUUUAAGUGUUCCAAAUGUGGUAUCCUCCACCUGUCGUCUUACCGUUCGUCUUUGAAUCUUUGAGUUCCAUCGCAUAUGAGGAUCGUUCUAACACAGCCAUGUGGCAGCAAGUCAUUCCCUUUGACCAAUAUGCAUAUGCAGUGAACGGGAUUGGUGGCUUUCACAAUGAUCGAUUGUAUAACGUUACCAAUGAUGGAAGGAAGUUUCUGUUGAUGAGGUCACUGUAUGAGCUUGUCUGGGCCAAUUAUUACCUGGAACUCAAAGAUCCAAAGUUGCUUGGGUGGUUCCAAUGUUUAACACCAGAGGACAGGACCUUAAUACAACAAGAGGGAGGGUAUCUGCUAUUUUUGAAGAAACACCCUGCACUUGAAGUAGCCAGACAGUACGUGUUUGUGAAACCAAACACCAGAGGAAACAGUGUUCCCCCUCCAACAACUACCGGUAUGUCAUCAAACAGGUCCAGUUACCCAACAUUUUAUGGUGCCUUUCGGUGUCAGAACUGUAGGACCAGUUGUCCAUUUGGUACCAAGAAGUGUAGCCAUUGUGGCAUUCACGUUGCAAUUUCUGAGGACAAAGUCUGUGUGUCAGAGAAUGAGAAACAACUUGAGCUGCUGCCAAACAGUGUGAAAGAAGAGCUGAACGUCUUCACUGCUCAAAGUGACGUCACAAAGCAGAAUAUUAAUUUAGGUUGCAUGCAGAGUACCUUAAACGCGCAGAAAGCUACACACAGACAGAGUUUUAAUGAUGGGAGCCCUGCUGCACAUCAUCCUCCAUACAGUAAAGGAAUGUGUCCCCAUGCCCAGUGCCUGUCUCAGCUGUGGAAGGAAGUAGAGAACCGGGAGGACACCAAACACUUCAAGGACACAACAGCCCAGGCGAGCUUCUCCCUUGAUAUGGAGCUGGAUAAGCAGAGUCAUGUUCAGAGAAAUGACUAUAUCCAAAAAGAUCAACACCAAUUGUAUGAUCAAAUGGACAAAGCAGAUGACCCCAAUCUGGAUCAGGAAGGGAUGCCAGAAUACUACAGUUUCAGUAGCACCAGCUUGGACCACACCGUAUGGAGCGAUGGCAGCCGAAGUACGGAGGCAGGCGACGAUGAUUCAAUCAUGGCCACCAAAGGCAGUACAGAACUGUCAGAUGAACCUUCAGACGCCACUAUGGCCAGUGAUACUUCUGCAAACUCCACUGAUUGUUUCUCUUGUCUCAGCAAUACUUUCGAUCUGGCUGAUGAGUCCGGAGACAGUCAUGAAGACCUGCGAAAGAAGCAGGACUCAAGAUACGAGCAGCCGAUAGAGGAGGUCAAUGUGGGAUCUUCCGAAUCUGGUACUUCAGUUUCUGUGGACCAAAUAAUAGAUGCCUGUGGUGAUUUCAGAGCCUGCUUCACAUCUACAUGUGCAACAGAGCUUGGUCAGAUCUUCCAGGUGGAAAAUGUUGCCACUGACACUGACUUGCUAGCUGUCAGCCAUGAGAAAGAUACACAAACUGUGCAAAUGGCCACAUCUGAAAAGAACACCAUUACUGAAGUCUACAUGUCUGACUUGGAUGUCCUCACAGAGGAAUUCAUAAAACUUAAGGAGACUGAGAAGGAGCUGCUAAGGAGUAGAAAGGCAAGGAGAGUCUGUGGGUGUGACUGUGCCCAGCGAGUGAGAAGAACAGAGCUGCGUCUUCUCGCUCUUCAGUUUGUCAUGUGUCAACAGCACUGCUGGAGACGCUACUUCACCUCCCCACUAGGUGAAAGUGCUCAUCAAGGUACUGAGGCCCUGCCAGACAGCAUAGCAGAAACUCUGAAUACACUACAGAAAGAUUACCAUGAGAUGAGGAGACGGAUUCUGACAGGCACUUCUCUGGAUGACCUCAGGCCCCUGUCAGUAGAUUCUGAAAAGAUAACUACAGGGACAAACUACAGCCCAGCAUUGGUACUUGAUGCCCAUUUAGACUUAUUUGACAGUCCAGAAAGUACCAUUGCAAGUGGUCCCGGAGUGGAUGAAGAAAGUAAAGAGACGAGAGCACUGAACUCUGAAGUUUGUCAGGACACUGAAGCUGCUCCGGAUGAAGCAAAAUGUGAUGGCAACAAGAGAGAUGAAGUCGUCUUUUCACACAAGCAGCCAGGAGCUUCCACUGAGACGACCCCUGGUGCCAUCAAGGAUCCAAAUGGCAGCGAAGCUUGGUUUGAUGCAGAGGAGGAACUUGGGUCUCCAAAUCAAGAUGGAAAAACGGAGAAGCUGAUUGCAAAGAGGGAAAGUAUGAACUACAAAAUUAAGCACAAAGGGACUGAUGAAGAUGAUUCAAAACAAAGUUCCAUCUUGUGCGUUACAUGCUUGCCAGACAAUGUCAGUGAGCAUGAAGUGCUGCUUUGGUUUGAGAAGUACAAUGCUAUGAAUGUCAGUAUCUCCACUUUCAGCAACAAUAUGAGGGCAGCUAUUGUUUAUCUCAAGAGCUCCAGCGACGCCAAGGCAGCAGUUGAAGAUCUAAAUGGUCGCUCCCUCCAAGGUCACACUGUCCAGGUGGUGCAACUCUGUCGGGCUGCUUUAGCUGAGCCUACACUGAGCGAUCCGUCUCACAGCACCUCAGAAACUGCAGGGGAUGGACUUGGAACAAAGGGCGUAACCUACAGUCCAUCACAUGGAGGGCCGCGUUGUAGUGUGGACAGGUUGACCAAUGUGUGCGACUCGCCUACAGCCUCUGGUACAUGUGUGCCACAGCACUACGCCACAAUGGGAAGCUUUGACACAAUCAUGGCCCGGAUGUCGGAGCGCCACCCAAACAUAGGCCGCCAAAGGAUCGUGGAUGCCCUGCUGGAACUGCGGGCCAAGCAUCAGGGCUUCCUCAGUGGCCUUCCAUUGAGAUCUAUAGUGGAUAUGACCUCUGAGCUUCUCACACAGGCCUCUACCCCCACAUGCAUUUGAGUUUGUGCUGUUUUAAUCAGUGGUUCGUUCCCUGACCAGUAUGAUUGGAUUUCACUUGGCAGUUCCAUUUUUGCAACAAACUUUUGUUAUGUAUAAACAUUUUGUUGU